UUCCCUAUUCAGUGCGUAGUUCAAGUUCCUCACAGAUCGAGUUUCACACUUAGUUUGAUGUCACUGUUGGAUAUUGGUCAUACUUUCAUACUACUAUGACUGUGUUUUGUAUAGAUGGAGGAUUAUUCCACCUCAUGGUCUUCAUUCUCAUACAAAAUGGAAAUGCAGAGGAGUGCACAAAGGUUAUGAACAAUCGACACUAUUCAUGUGAAGGAAGGAAUCUCACAUAUAUACCUACCAGUAUUCCUUCCACCGUAGAGACACUAGACUUCAGUUUUAACUUGUUGCCUUCUUUACAAAAGCAUCUAUUUCCUCCACUGUAUGAUUUGCAGUUCCUGGACCUCACAAGAUGCCAAAUCCAGUAUAUUGCUGAUGACGCUUUCCACAAUGUGAAGAAUGUGACUACUCUAAUUCUUACUGGAAACCCCAUUUCAUAUACAGCACCUGACAGCUUGAACUCAUUACAUAAAUUACAGAGAUUAGUUCUCGUGGACAUUGGCCUGCUGUCUUUAAAUGUUCAGUUCAACAAUCUCACCAAGCUCCAGGAACUAAAAGCUGGAACUAACAAGAUUCAAACAAUUGCUCUUCCACUAUUCAUGAUCAACUUUAAAGACUUUUGCAUACUGGACCUGCAUGCAAAUAACAUAUCCAGCUUAAAAGUAAAUCACACAGCUGUACUGCGAGAGAUGAGGGGAAAUAUCACUCUAAUCCUUUCCAGCAACCCAAUAUUACAUAUUGAACCAGGAGUAUUUAAGGACAUUUACCUAAAAGAGCUUAACAUACAUAGUGCUUUUGUUUCAUUUGAUGCAAUGAGGUAUGGUCUGAAAGCUCUCAGUGGACUUAAUGUUGGAAAACUCGCCAUAGGAAACUACAUAGAACACAGGGCGAUAAAGAUAUCAGAUGCUGACUAUCUUGAUGGUCUCUGUUUGAUCAAUUUCAAAGAAAUAUAUUUUCUUCAAAGGGAAUGUUCAGAUUCUGAAAACAAUGUGUUCCAUUGCAUGGCCAAUGCAACAAAGAUCACUCUGAAACAAGGUUGUAUAGGAGCUGUGCAACAUGUCUCAUUCCAUCAGCUUAAAGAACUACACAUACAUAGAACUCAAUUUCCAUUGAUAUUGGAACUUUCACAUCUACACUUCUUAGAAAAACUAGUGGUGGUUACUUAUAAAUAUACAGUUUUUAGAGGUUUGAGUGACUUACCCAAACUCCAGCAUGUGGAUCUAAGUGAAAACCAAUUGAAUUUGUUUGACUGUUGUUCAAAGUAUUUCACAGGGAUGCCAAACAUUCAUACCCUUAACCUGAGCUUUAAUGCAAUAAUAUAUCUGAGCAAAAAUCCAUUCUCUGGACUUGACUCAAUGAGGAUUUUAGAUAUACAGUCGACAAAAUUAAGUGCAUUAACUGCACAAUUUAAAUUUUUUAAAAGUCUGAAGUAUUUACAGUAUCUGGACAUAUCAUACUCACACAGUACAUUUUUGAGGACCAUGACCUUUAAGUAUCUAAGUAGUUUAAAAGUACUGAAGAUAGCAGGGAAUCGUUUCCAAGGCGAUGCACUAAGUCAUAUUUUUCAAAAUGUCACAACUUUGGAAGUUCUUGAAAUGUCAAAUUGUGGUAUUCAGAACAUAGACUGGAGAGCUUUUCAAAGUCUGUCAAGACUACGAGAUUUGUUUCUUAGUCAAAACAAGUUGGUGGUUUUGGAUUUUGUAACCCAUCCAAAUCUAAGAAGCUUAACAUUAUUAGAUGUAGGAACAAAUAGCAUUUAUAGCAUCCCACAUCAUAUUCUGCAAAACCUACCAACAAAUCUCUCAGAUUUUGAUCUGUCCUUUAAUCCAAUUGAAUGUUCCUGCUCACAGAUAGAUUUUAUUAUAUGGAUUGUGAACCAUCAACCAUUACUUCAACAAUCAGUUAACAUUUCAUGCAAAAUACUGUCACAAAACUCAAAUAUUAGAGUCCUUGACUUUGACAUUGAAGGCUGUGUACACGUCAGAAGACUGACAUUUGUGUUAUGUAUAUGUGCUGUCACUUUUCUUUUUUUUGUAUCAGUUUUGACCUACAAAUUUCAGUUUUAUCUGCAAUAUGGCUAUAUCCUGCUAAGAGGUUAUAGGGCAUCCAGACAGCAGGAAUGUUCUUAUGAUGCUUUUGUUAUCUACUCCAACAAAGAUGAAUCAUGGGUAAUGGACGAACUGGUGGAAAAUCUGGAAAAUGGGAGUCCGCCCAUUCAGCUUUGUCUUCAUGUUCGGGACUUUGAAGCUGGCAAGGCCAUUACCUCCAACAUUAUAGAUGAAGGCAUCAUGGGUAGUCGUAAAAUUAUCGUGGUUGUAUCUAAACACUUCAUUGAGAGUUCCUGGUGUCGUUUCGAAUUUGAGGUGGCACAGUCUUGGCUAGUGAUGCAAGGCAACGCUAACAUCAUCAUCAUCAUUCUAGAAGAUGUGGAGGAGGAGAAGUCAAAAAAGGUGUUUGGGCUUCAUAAGCAUCUGAAAAACAAUACAUAUCUAAAGUGGAGUGGAAACCCAAUAAAUAACAUGAGAUUCUGGAUUCGUCUUAGGAAAGCUGUGAUCACAAGAAACUGAGUUUCUCCCCCACACUGGGUUAGUAAAUUGGUGUCACUUCCUUAUGAAACAGAAUAAAAGAUUGCAAAAGAAAAGAAUUUGUGCUUGUGUUCAGCUAAACAGAGUCAAAGAUUUUAACUUAAUCAUCCACUGGAAUACUUAGAUGAAAUCAGUCUCAUUUGUGUAUGAAAUAAGUUUUUAGAAAAGAAAAAAGAAAUGAGAUUCGCUUAUAUUAAUUUACAAAGUGUAAAUGUUUACCUCUGUGGAGUUAUCCCCCAUAUGAAAAAAAUUAAAACCACUUAUGUUAUUUGUGUGUGCUGUGUUUGUGCUGAUUUGUGCUAUAAACAUAAUUGUACUUAAUUGGUUUUGAGAUAUU